CUCAAGGCAUCCCAUGAAUUGAUGAAAGGCGAUAUCAGAAAGCUGGUUUCAGAUGGACUCAACAGAGAAGCGCUGUCUGUAUACUCUCAACUGCACUCCACUGGGUUUCGCCCUGACUAUUUCACCUUUCCUUUUAUCCUCAAAGCCUGUGGAAAGCUCCACAAUGCUUCCCUCGGUUGCCAGAUGCAUGCCUACGUCCAGAAGUCUGGUUUCCUGGCCGAUGUUUACACUCGCACAGCUCUCACAGAUAUGUACAUGAAGCUUCAUCUCUUCGAAGAUGCUAUCAAGGUGUCCAAAGAAAUGCCUGAGAGAAAUUUGGCUUCUCUAAACGCGACGAUAUCCGGAUUCUCGCGAAAUGGGUAUUUGGGAGAAGCUUUGCGGGGCUUCAAACAAGUUUGUGCUACAGGGUUGCGGCCAAAUUCAGUCACCAUUGCUAGUGUACUACCUGCCUGUGAAAUUACAGAGCACGGCUUGCAAAUUCAUUGCCUUGCGAUUAAAUUGGGAUUUGAGGUGGAUGUUUAUGUAGCCACUGCAACAGUUACAAUGUAUUCGAAUUGUAAGGACUCUGUCUCUGCUACGAGGAUGUUCUGUGGGAUUCCAAAUAAGAAUGUUGUGAGCUACAAUACUUUGAUCUCAGGUUUCCUGCAGGAUGGGUUGACUCGUUUGGUCCUUAAUUUGUUUAACGAAAUGAGGGAAUCCUUGGGCAGGGAAUCCAGUCCAGUUACUUUUGCUUCCGUUCUCUCAGCGUGCUCAGAACUUUCAGAUCACCGAUUAGGUAGGCAGGUCCAUUGUCUCUCCUUGAAAUAUGUGUUUGGUUCUGAUGUCAUGGUGGGAACGGCACUCCUAAACAUGUACUCCAAAUUUGGGAGCUGGGUCCCGGCCUAUGAGAUCUUCAAGGAGCUCGGUAGCAGUAGGAACUUAAUAACGUGGAAUUCCAUGAUCUCAGGACUAAUGUUGAAUGAUCAGUGUGAUGCUGCCGUUCAGCUUUUUGAAGAGUUAGGAGUUGAUGGAUUGGAGCCUGAUUCAGCCACUUGGAAUUCAAUGAUUAGUGGAUUUGCACAGCUACGGAAAGGGUAUGAAGCUUAUACAUUCUUUAAUAAAAUGCAAUCAGCAGGUGUAACCCCAAAUUUAAAAUCAAUUACUAGUCUUUUAGUGGCAUGUUCAACCAUGUCUGCUCUCCUAUGUGGAAAGGAGAUCCAUGGGUACAUAAUCAGGACUGGUGUAGAUGCUGAUGAAAUGAUCUGCACUGCCCUCAUUGAUUUGUACAUGAAAUGUGGAUGUUCUUCUUGGGCUCGCAAUAUUUUCGAUCAGAUUGAAAGUUCUGAUGAUCCAGCAUUAUGGAAUGCAAUGAUCUCUGGAUAUGGGAGGAAUGGGGAAAUCAAAUCUGCACUUGAAAUAUUCAACCUGAUGAAGAAAGAGGGAAUACAACCAAAUUUGGUUACUUUCACUUGUGUUAUAUCAGCAUGCAGCCACAACGGUUGUAUUGACGAGGGAUUUGAAAUCUUUAGGAUGAUGAGUAGGGAUUGUGGUUUGAGCCCGACCACCGUACACUUUAGUGGCAUGGUUGAUCUCUUGGGUCGAGCAGGGCUGCUCAAAGAGGCUAGGGACUUGAUUCAAGAAAUGCCAGAACCUCCUCCUUCAGUUUUUUCCUCUCUGCUUGGUGCUGCUUCUUUUCACUCAGAUAGUAAACUUGGUGAAGAAAUGGCUGUAAAGCUUUCAGAAUUAGAGCCCACAAACCCGACUCCUUACGUUAUUCUGUCCAAUAUAUAUGCCACACAAGGUAGGUUUGCAGAUGUAGAAAGAGUAAGAGAGAUGAUGAGGGAACGUGGGUUGAGGAAACUUCCAGGUCAUAGUUUGUUAUGAGUGAAGCAAUUAAGCUCGAUGCAGAUAAAGCACACAUGAAACAAAUGAAGUGAUUAUUAGGGGUUCAAAGAUGAAGCAAGAAAUCACCUCUCCGAGAGUAGGGAUGACACCAACAACUUCAUCUUCCUCGGCAGCCACUACAUAAACCCUGUGAACUGAAUUGGAAACAAGAGUCUCAAUCACAUCACGGUGAAUGGCAUCAGGCAUGCACAUUAAUGUUUGACAUCCUUUCCAUGUUGAAGCGAUGGUAUUUACAAAGUCCUUUGCAAUGAGCUAUCUGCAUGAAAAACAAGCAAAAGGGUAAUCAAAAUUUACCCAAUACAACAGCAAGUAGUGAACAAGCUAAUGAUCUCCUAGAAAUGGUAAUUGGAACACUAAUGCUUUGUGAUCUUAGAUAGCUGCUAUUGGUUACACAAUAUUAACUUCUGUGAUAAGUAAAUUUCUUCAUCAAUCCGAGUUUUGUGAUUGAAUUGUACUGUUCACUGGAACCUGAGGUUACUUUGGGCGUGACAGCCAUAAAUUUUCAUUAUGUUUGUUAAACGUCUUAACUUUUUGGAUGAAAGAAUACCUGAAAUUAGAGAAGAAUCCAGGUUUGAG